AAGAAAACCGUUGGAGAGGAGAUUCCAAACCGACUCUUGGUCGCAGCAAAGGCUCAAAAACUGGAUUCUCACGGAAAAUAACGAUAAACGGGUGUAGGAGUCUUGUGCUGCCACCUUGGUGACCUUGCUGCUGAAUCGGACUCCAGCUACUGCCCUGUGGUUCAGUCACCCAGCUGAACUCGGACACAGAUCUCGAUCCAUUUUAAAAUGGUGCAAAACAAGAACACGGACGUCACUGGAUUCCAUCGCUCUUAUAAGGUUGAAAACCCUUUUGAGAAAGAUGAAUUUGCCAAAAGGGAAUCACAUGUGCGGGAAGCGCCGUUUGAUUUGGAUCACCCCUCGAGACCUGACAUGCCGUCCAGCGAGCCCAUCGACAUCCCAAACGCUAAGAGGAGGAACAAGAAGAAAAAAAGAUGCAGAGCUACGGACAGCUUCACUGGCCGCUUUGAAGAUGUUUACAGACUGCAGGAUGAGGUUCUUGGAGAAGGAGCCUAUGCAGUUGUGCAGACGUGCAUCAACCUGAUCACAAAUAAAGAAUAUGCCGUGAAGAUUAUUGAGAAAAGGCUGGGGCAUAGCCGGAGCCGUGUUUUUAGAGAAGUGGAGAUGCUUUAUCAGUGCCAGGGUCACAGAAACAUCCUGGAGCUGGUCGAGUUCUUUGAAGAAGAUGAGAAGUUUUAUUUGGUGUUUGAGAAACUGAGAGGAGGUUCUGUGUUGACUCACAUCCACAGAAGACAGCACUUUAGCGAACAGGAGGCCAGCAUUGUGGUGCAAGAAAUCGCCAGUGCUCUGGACUUCCUACACAGCAAAGGAAUGGCCCACCGGGAUCUGAAGCCAGAGAACAUUCUCUGUGAACAUUCUGACAGGAUUUCUCCAGUGAAAAUCUGUGAUUUUGACCUGGGCAGUGGAAUCAAGCUGAACAGUGACAGCUCCCCCAUCUCCACUCCUGAACUCCUGACUCCGUGUGGUUCAGCGGAGUACAUGGCUCCUGAGGUGGUGGAGGCCUUCAGUGAGGAAGCCAGCAUCUAUGACAAGCGCUGUGACCUGUGGAGCCUCGGGGUCAUCCUCUACAUCUUGCUCAGUGGAUAUCCGCCCUUUGUGGGUCGCUGCGGGACAGACUGUGGCUGGGACUGGGGAGAGCCGUGCCAUGCCUGCCAGAACAUGCUGUUUGAGAGCAUUCAGGAGGGAAAGUACGAGUUUCCAGAGAAAGACUGGGCGCACAUCUCCCCGGCUGCCAAAGACCUCAUCUCCAAGCUACUUGUGCGGGAUGCCAAAAACCGCCUGAGUGCCGCUCAGGUGCUGCAGCACCCGUGGGUGCAGGGGUGUGCUCCAAACAUGGUGACAACAUCUAUACUCAAUCAGAGAGGGGGUCGAGCUCAGGACCUGACUGUGUUCGCCAGCCGUGCGGUGGCGGUGAACAGGCAGUUGGCGGAGCAGGAAGAAAGCGCAGAGCAGCUGCAGCAGCUCCACUUGGAGAACGGCGAUGGUUUUUCUCCGUCUCCACUGCUCCUCCACGGCAGCCUGAGCUCCAUCAUGCCGCUCUCGCCCCUCACCAGGUCACGCCUGGCCCAGCGCCGGCGCGCCAGCAGCCCAAACCACGGGGCGGUGUGCGCGGCUGAACUACGGCAACUGCUCGCCCCGCUGGUGGUGGUGGGAGACUGCGCGUGACCACCACACAUACAUAUGUGCUGAAAGUGAUGCACUGAACGUAGUUAAUUCAAACGUGUGCACUAUUACAUCAGCACAAAUUAUUGCCAAAGUAAAUAAUAUUUGUCAAUUUAAUUACAUAAAUAAGUAUCUGAACUCUUUUUAUUAUAUAGAUGUUUAUUCUUGUAAUAAUAUAUCUGCUGCAUCAACACCUUUCUUGCCAAAAAGUAAACUAAGACACGAUUUUUGAUGCAAUAUAUUUUAUCAAUGUUUCAAUGUACAUGUUUGAAUUCAGUAAAUUCAGCGUAUCACUUUUUACAGUGUCUGCCCUUUUAGACCCUCCAGCUGGACUGUGCCAUUAAAGCCCCCAGACUUUUGGGGCAAUCAAAGCACUUUGGAGGAGCCCAGAUACCUGUAGCACUUACACAGGGAAAAAAAAGCAUUAAAACCCUCAAAUCACCCCAGAGACAUGUACUGUGAUGAGGGGGCUACAGAAAUGACUGUUCGACAAUGUUAGUUUCUGCUUGGCUGUAAAAGACAAAAAAAGACUCUGGACAAAAGCUGAGAAACCAAAGGACGUCAUGUAGUGCUGCCUCCUCAUGGACCCUACUGUGAAGACGAGUAUUUGUUCAGUGCAUCAGGAGAUAAAAACCUUUUGCUUUUGCCUUUCUGUACUCAUAGGGAUCUGCUCAGCACACCUGUGUACUUGCGCAACCUUUGAGACUCGUGUCUUUUCUUGUCCUUUCUUAGAAGGGGCUGUUGGUUAAUGCAGGGUAGAUUUUGGUGCUGAGGCCUGGAGGUUUUGGUUGUCCAACAGAUUGCAUACAACAAGAGAGCACAAGAGGCUCAGAAAAAUAUAUAUAUUUAUUUUUUAUUCCAUUUUUUCAGAGAACACGAGCCACUACUCUUAAACAUCCGUGCUGGGAAAUGAUGCAUUUUCCCUUUUUGCCUCUCUCCCUGACAGACUCAAGGGCUUUCUUUGUCUUUAAGCGGACAGAGGCACAUCGGCGCCUUGUAGCCAAUUACUAGAAUGUUGAUUGAGUCCCAGGUGUUUUUCUUUUUUGUUUUCCAGGUCAUUUAGACUCUUCUUUCAGUCUCAAUCACUGAUUAAGGUCAUUGUGAUGCCUUCAGCUGUUCAAACACAGGUACAUUGACCAAUUGGCACAGAAGCAACCACCCACCACCCCCACCACCCCCAAAGAUAGAGGAGGAAAAUAAUUUUCUGCUUUUUCUGGCAGCAGUAUGUUGAAAUGUGACAUUCUCAAAAUAGUGAUGCAUUUUCUAAAAAUAGUGACGUCAUAAAAAUUAUUUAUUUUCAGAUAAUGAUGCAUUUUCUGAAAAUAGUGACUUUUCUCAAUUUUGACUUGUCAAAAAGUUAUUUGAAGGAAGUCAUUUAUUAUUAUUAUUAUUAUUAUUAUUAUUAUUAUUAUUAUUAUUAUUAUUAUAAAAUAAUUCAUUUCACAGUAUUAGUAUUUUGUGAAUAUAUUUUGAGAUUCUUUCCCUCCUCUUCCUCUCUGUGAUGAGGUCAGUCUGUUUGCUGUUGCACAGCAGGCAGAAUGAGCCCAUGUCACUACUUUAAGGGAAGGUCCCCCCAAAAUCAAAUUUGUAGCGUUUUCUCCACCUUUACCCUUAAUGCAUCUCAGCCAAGACCUGUUUGGUGUCUGAAGCUUUCCUCUUUACUUUUGCACUAGAGCUGGCAGUAGGCAGUGCUAACAUAGCUGCAAGUUCUGCAAAACUGCCAUUUGAAAUCUUGUGUUGGCCUCAGUUCAAAACUGAAGAAGCAGACUUCAGACACUAAAUGAGUCGUGGCUGAUGGACCACGUUUUGGGUUUUGGGGCAGAGGAUUUGAUGUUUGAUUGCAUUUAUUCCCUUAAUAAAGGGCACUAGUACAGUGCUAACAGUGCGACAUGUCUAACCCCUGACAUACGAGUCUAAUUCAAAAGCCAAAGCCUGUUUAUAUAGAAGCCCAUGCUUCUGUUAUAAAACUGAAAAAAGGCGAACGGGCAUCCUCUUUAUUUUCUGUUUUUAAAUGGUUCGGUUUAUUGAGCCUGUGGAUGUGGACGAACGUAGGAGUGGGAGUUUUUAUCACUUCUGUUUUUAUCAGAAAGACUUUUCAGCUGCUCCUGUUACUCUGCACGGUUGAGACGUCUGGAUGUUUUAACGUUUGAAGCAUUUUUUUUUUAUUUUAUAUAUUUCCUCAUCUUGUUCGAUGAUUUGUGAAAGGCAUUGUGAACGGAAGUGUGCGUGAGUGACCCCCAGCUGACCGGUGUAGCAUUUUAGAGCCGAACGGUCCGAACUCACUGCAGCUCCUGCUAAGCCGUGAUCUCUCAGCAGACGUUUCCUUUGUCGUUGUCUUAUAGUAAGACUCUCUUAAUUAUGCGUCAGUGGAUCUCCUCGCAGUGUCCUUGAGGAGCUUCCUGUUUUGUUUUUCUUUUCUUUUUUUUUGUUUUUAAUGAUAGAAUUGUUCCUCUCAUUUUGAAGAAUUGAACUUGUUCAUGCUCUGUCAAACACCUUGGUAGCCACACUUGUUUUAGGGACCAUUUUUUUCCUUUAUUUUGUCUUUCCAUGUUGAUUUUUGGUUUAUUUUUUUAGGCUGUACCAUCAUUUUUGGAGUUGUGAAGCCCCAAAAUAAAGAGCAUGAAAACUUACAAAGA